CACACAAAACAAAACUUAAAAUAAGGUAAUUUUUUGAGUUAUUAUUAUCAACUCUGAUAAAUUUGUCUAAUAAAUAACUAUACAUUCCAAUGUCUACAAUAAAUAUUCGCAAAUGUAUCUAAUCUCUGGGCAUGGACUAUAAACAGAAAAAAUAAUCCAGUGGGCCAUUUGUAAGCAAAACUCAAAAAUACACCCCAACCAAAAUUUAAAGUUCGAUGACAAUUUAAAUUUCUGUUUGUUCUUUGAAAGUGUUUGUUCAAAAAUUCCUGUGUAAAUUACCUUUUUGAAAUGACGAGCAAACCAUUUUCGGCCCAUUGCACGAACAUGUUCGAAGAAACUCAUAUGACCACAGAACCAAGAAACAUUGGCGCAGAAAAUCUAUAUUUUUCCCAAAGUCAAAGCCGAAGGAUCAUUGACACAACUCUGACUUCAAUUAGCGCGAAUCCUUUACAAAAUUAUAAUGUACCAAGCCCUACCAUGAAUAAUGGCGAUUCGGCUUUACAUAAUCCUUGUAUUAAUUAUGCCCAACCUAGUCCUGUUGCUGGGGGUGGAUUUUUGUUUUCUUUUGCAUCGCCCCAACCCAACUAUCUUAAUAUGUUCAAUACUGGACAAAAUAUCAAGUAGGUUUAAGAGUAAAGCUCUAUACAGGUUCAUACUUAAAAAUCAGCAAUUCGGAAGUAAUAUUACUGAAGGUCGUAGCAGUUAUGGUCAUCAGCAGCCCAAUUAUCCCAAUAAUUAUCAAUUUACGAAUAAAUCAAACACUUUAUCGUCCCACCAAAACCCUUUCAGUUCCUUCACGUGCCCCACCACACUACAAGAAAAUACUCAAAAAGAGAAUCCCUUCAAAUUACAGUUUCAUUUACAAAGAAGCACGUCAACUAGCGAUUUGCCAGAAAUGAAAAUUAACAGCGUUAAUGAUGAUGAAAUGGCUUUUGUAAAAAAAAUGACUGACCUACAUCACAUUUGGAGAGACCGCAGUGACAUGUGUUCAAAAUUAAGUCAUUUUGAUCCUUUUCAAAAAUAUGGGAUAAAUAAAGUUUUGCAUCUGUCCAAAAGUCCGGAUUUAAAAGCCAAAAAAGGAAAGUUCUACGAAAUAGAUAUAAGUCAAGAAUGCGAUGUCUGCCAGAAUAACAUUUCGCAAACUUUACAACUUUUUGAAAACGAAAGAAAAGGUUUAUUCGUCAAUAAAACUUGUAUGAACAACGAUGAGUUUAAGGCGAAAGAAAAAAAAGAACGCACAGAAACGACGACUACAGCCACUGAAACUUCCACUGACUUAAAAGACGAAUCACUUCAAACAGAGUCUAAGGUUUGGGAUAAAAAUGUCCCAAUGGAUGUAUCUGAUGACCUUAAGACUGACAACGAAGAGGCUUUUUUGGAAAAUUUAAAGAAGUCCUCUGUUUUUGAUGGAAGAUCAUCAUCAUUAAAAAACUUUAGAGAGAACUACAGCGACGAAAAUAUCGAAGAAAUGCUUAACAAAAAAGUAAAAAAUCUGUUGAAUUAUUUUCCUAGAAGUAUAUUACGAAAAUUUAAACUUCUUGAAACUGAAAUAACCAAUUUAUUAUUAAAAACAAUGCAAAUGUCUGAAGAAGGGAAAUGUAUUUAUUCUGAUCAAGAUUUAGAAGAAAUUAUACAAAAAGAAGAAACUGGUUUGCAACCGAAAAAUUUUGAUCGCAACUUACUUAAAUGUUUAACAAAUAAAGGAAGAGCUGAGAAACGCCACUUUUCGAAAUAUGGAAGCGAUGACGAUAUUUUUGAAUUUCAAAAGACAAACAAAAUGCUUCGUCUUACAAAAAGUACAGAUCUGGUUGUAACGUCUCAAAACAGAAACGAACUGGAGCCCCCCAAAGAAAUUGAUAAAUUAAGGAUCGACGAUGACAAUAUAGAAUGCAAAACGUUAUCAGACAAGUCUGUAUCUUGUAAACAAGCAAUAUCAAAUUUAAAACCUAAAAGUUUAGAUACCAAACCGAUCGAAACAAUUUGUUUAGACAAUAAAACAAAAAGCGAAAAUAGUUUAAUAAAUACGAAAUGUAUUUCUUCUCAAAUUCUAUCCCAAGCAGAUGACCAAAUUCAAAAAUGGCAUGACAUUAUUAUAAAGAAGCUUCAAAUGUUUGAAAAUGGCAUUAGAGAGGUUUUCAUGAACACAAAACAUUUUUCACUGAACUGCUCCGAUAUUACCCAGAACCCCGUGAUCAACGAGGUCAAUUCUACAAAUACAGACACAGUUAGUUAUAUAGGAAGCUUUUUGGACAAAAUUAUAACGUUACAAAAAUCUCCUGAUAUUUUGGACAAGAUUAAUAAACUCGAAGAAGAAGUUACAGGAACACCAAAGUCUAAAACACGUUUAAACAGAAAUUGUGAUAAAAAUGAUUCCAUGGACCUGGAUGAUGUACAAUCAAAGGCCACAGAAGAAAAAUCAAAAUGUAUCGAUGAGAAAACCGAGCUUAUAAUUCCCGAGGAAAGUCUGAGACCAAAUCAUGGAUUAGAAAUUAAUCGACAACGUGUAACUUCAGAAAUUAAAUUACCACCGAAUUGUUCUACAGGCGUAAUGGACUUUGACAACCUCAGUUUGAAGACAUCUAAAAGGAAAUUGUGUGAAACCGACCCAAUAAUUUACUCGCAAUCAUUUUACUCGCCAUCCAAAAAAGCAAACGUGGACUUUGAACGAAAAACUGUUUCAGAAAAUUACAUACAAGGAUUUUGGAAAUCAAGUGAAAAGUACCACUACACACCCAAAUAUAAUAAGACCAAAACUACUGGCCAUAAUGUAUCAGCAUUUGGAAGCAAUUCGUCCAAUCAAAGUACUUUCAAUUUGCAAAAAUCAAGCAACUCUACUGACAUCAAAAAUUCCAUUGGAUUCAUUCCGACCUUCAAUAUUAAAAAAUCUGUUAGCGAAAUAGUAAAUAAUAGUCACACCUCUGAAUAUAAAAUGACCCCUUUACAAGAAAGUGUUAUCAGCAAAAACAAUGAUGAUGAUCAAACUGAAACAGUAUCGCAAGUAGACGAUCGAAAGAGUAUAUCAAAAAUCAUUGAUGAUAUACACACACAGAUUUGGGGCAGCGACAAAAACCCCACAUUCAAAUCUCACUAUUUUGCAAAGAACUUUAAGAAAAGCAACAGUUUUGAUAAGUACAAGCAUAGCCAAACUGAACAAAUAAAAAGAAAUGCUAUGUUAAUCCUGAGGCCAGAAUUUGAUUCCUACAAAAUUAAAUCAGAAACUGGAAUAGUUGCAACAAGUUCUAAGUACCAACUUUCUGAAGAUUCUGAUUCCAACACUUUAAGAAAAAAUAAUUCCAGUGGCUAUGGCACAAGCUCAAUUUUAUUUCAAAAGUCGAAAUUUCAUGAAGAUACUAAAAGUAGCAAUUUAAAUUACCAAAAUAGUUCCGAAAGAAGGUCUAAUACAUUCAUAAAAUCCAAAUUUCUAGAUGAUUUUCAUACAGCUUCUAAAACUUCACCAAAAUCCCAUUCUAGGAAUUUUGAAAAGCAUUUCAGCUUAUUAUCAAAGUCGAAAUUCCGUGAAGACUUCGAGAUGUCCAAAUCAAUCGUGGAUGCUAUUAUUAAUAAAGCAUGUGAUGAUUCAGAUACCAAACAAUUUCAACUAAUGUCCACGAGUAACCAAAAAGACCACAGCAAAUUCUCUUCAACGUUAAACGUUGCCAAAAAAUCAAAAAUGCUUUUCCGAGAAGACGAUGAAAGAACAACUUCGCCCAGAAAAUCCAAAUCUCUUACAAGUAUUAACGAGGAAACAGAACUGUCUGAAAAAAGCACUGAGCGGCAAAUAAACCCUUGGCAAAACAAAAUACCGAGGGCAUUUGCAAAAGAAAACAAGGAACUGUCGAAAAGUAAAAUGCACUUAUUUGACAACUGGAGAAAGAAACUACAAGAAAACAAAAGAGGAUCAUCCAAGUCAAACUUAUAUCAAAGACCGAGUUUCAAAAAGAAAGUUCCGAGAGCCGUAUUGAGUGACGAUAGCAAAACUGAAAUCGAAGUUUCACUUGAAAGCUACGAUAAAUCGACUCGCGAAAUGGAGAAAAAACUGAACGAAGCCCUACUACGAUACAAUAAGACGGCCAAAGUAACGGAUAAAAUCAGUAAGAAGUUUAUGGAAACUUCGGAUAAAAGUCUACCAUUUCCCACUGUCGCAACACCCAGAACUUUCCUAGCUGACAAUGAACAAAUAUUCUUGACUAAAGUAGAGAAUGCACUCAAGGCAAAAUUGAACGGUAAUUUUAAAAUCAGUGAAGUCCAAAGUGGUCAAAACAACAGCAAACCAUACUAUCGAGAUAACAGUACCAUGGAGCCGUCCACGAGUUUUGAUGAUGAAGAAAUUCGAAGUGUAGAAUAUUCUAGAAGCUAUGUCAUACAAAAUGCUGAUGAAAAUGACAAAGACGAAAAAUAUUGCGAAAAUUAAAAGACCAAAAAAAAAAAUAAG